CACUGACGCACUGUCUUUUCAUGACAGAACCGCCUAUUCUAACACCUGGACAUCACGGUCGACGAAGCCAAGGAAAAUAGCUCUCCUCCGGUACUACUCUCAGGCAACCUUCCUCUUCCAUGGCACAGACUCUCCUGGCCUUUCUUCUCGUCAAUUCAUCCGCCAAAGGACCCAAUCUCGUCUUCAGAUGGCCACCCAACCCAGAGACAACUUCUCGCCUUUCCCGUCCACUCCCAUCCGAGGAUAGACUUGAACUGGACAAUCCAUGGAGGGCUGCUAAUCACAACGACUCUCCCCCGAACACCGUCGAAGGCAAUGGCGAAGCAGUGGCUACAGCCGCAGAGGACUAUCAGUGGAAAUCCCCUUCUGUCAUCCGGGACAGGUCUAGAUCUUUCCCCCGCACCACAUCUCUCCCUACCUCCGCAGUUAACGCAUUAUCUGAAGAGCGCCUUUUCGAUGAUGACGAACUCGCAGAAGAUCCAACAGACGAAAAGUACCACAGGAUUUUUGAUUACUCUACUCAAUUCUUGGCUGGCAUGCUGUGCCCGAAGACUUCUCUCUGUCAUCAGAAGUUCGACCUUGUAAUUGAUGACCUACUGUUCAUAGGCCACCCAGUCUGUGUCAAUGACGAUGGUCGCUGGCAGUUCAAACGAGAGAAGAGCUCGUCCGGUUCCAGGGGAAGAAGCUCUAUCAACCGUGAGUCGAUGGAUGACAUCAAGUCCGAGGCGUCCACUCGUGCAUAUUCACCUACCAGAGACAACGAGAGUUCGUGGCUGCACAUGUUUCAUUUUGUGCUUGUUCUGGACUUACCUGAUCCGUCGUCGUCUGCCUCUGAAAAUAUGUCGAAGUACUUCGACACCAUGUAUAAGCAAAUUGCGUUUACCAUCACCGCAGUGCUGUUCCAAGAACAAGUCCUCUCCAAUUUCGUUGAGCUGGAGUGUGAUGUCCUAGGGUCUUUGGAAGCAGAGUACAUCGCAAAAGGGGAACCGUUUUCUGCAUUCGUGUCACAGGCUCUCGAGGUCUCCUCCAUUGCAUCCGUUAUGAGGGCGCUCUUCGAUGCCGUCAAAUCAUCUACCAUGGCAUACAUCACUCUCAACAAUAUUCCUCUUGAGCUACAACUUCCUCCCUUUUUAGACCAUCUCCUUCACAGCGAAGAAGAGUACGAACUUGAUUUCGUGGAUCCACAAGAAGACGAAGAUGAGGCGCGACUGUGGGGUUGUGAUUUGAGCUUCGGUUGGCGUCUCCCGAGUCUUGCACCUUGGAAGAGUCUACUUCUUUUGGAGGGAGAUCAGGAGCUGGAUCCGUACAUCAACCUGUGCGGUCCACACGUCAGCCCUGAUGAGAGGGACCAUGCAGAAGGAUUGGUCAAGUUUCUGGAAGUAGCAUCCGUUACACUCUCCCUCUCGGAUAUGGCCGAUCUAUUGGGAUGGAAUUUGGAGACACAAAUCUAUCCGACGGUGCGGUGGCUUGUUCACCACCGACGAGCAAAAGUCGUUGAUACCAUCCACGCGGACCUAAAGACUAUAUUCACUAUACCACCCAAGUUUGUUGCACCGUUAUGUACGCUCUCUGCAGAAUUCAAACGUGACUUUCCUCAGCCCGAGAUACCUCCCCUUCCCUCUCUUUUAGCAAGUAUCUCUGAGGCGAGCUCUAGGCAGAGCGACAACCACUUUUUCGCGGUAGUGGUGCGCUCAAAGGAGCUGAUCCCUCUUUACCACGAGGUUGUAAUUUGGUUGCUUAAGCGCGACAUGUUGUUCACACUUCAUCUUCGCAUUCGGAUCGUCGCUACUACCGAACUCAAAGCUCGCGUACGUCAAGCUCACGAAUACAAGUUAGAACGCUCAAGGGGGCAGCGACACCACGAUAGGAUAGGAAGUAGCCUUCGUCUUCGUGACCAAGACCCUACUUUCUACGAUGUUAACACUAGAAGGCCAGGCUCCGCGUGGUUUCCCUUACCGCCGCGGGGAGCCCAUCGUUUUUCCAGGCGUAUGCCAUCUGCCGAGUCGGAAUCGAGUAGAGUAAGCGAGACUUCCUUGCGGCACGUCGGUGAAGAAGAUGAAGAGGUUAUCACGGAUGAGUCUGACGAUGAGAACAUAGCCUGGGGGUCACCAGAAGACACGCUCUGGCCGUCUCUCAUCAGCGAUCCGGGAACAGCAUCUCCUUUAGAACGUAGAUGGCUCGCUGCAAUGUCCGAAAGUAAAGAUGAGCAUAUUGCCAGACGGUUUGAACGAAUCAACCAGUAUUUCGAUGGCAAAAGUACAGAUGAUGAGAUACUUUACCGCGCAGAAAUAUCGAGGAAGCAACUUCGUGAAGUCUUGCACCAUUACGACGAAUAUUUACAAACAUUCUUGCACCCAGCGUAACGCCUCGUCACCUCAUUUGGAAGCAUUGAACGAGCAUCAUGUGCGCGUUGCAGCGCAUAUGCUGCCCUGAGUUUACAGGCACACGGAAAAGUCUGCCUUCCUCUGAGUGUCUGUCGAA